AUGGCAUCAACAGCUAGCCCGUCCUUUUCAACGGGUCACGAGCCCAAUGCUCGACACACCCGCCAAAAGUUCUCCCGUCACGCCAAAUGGUCCACUCGCAUCCUCAAUCAAUGGUUUUUCUCCCACCCGGACCACCCUUACCCCACGGAGGAGGAAAAAAGCGACCUCGCGACCCGCACAGGUCUCACCGUCCGGCAAAUCUCCUUCUGGUUCAUCAACGCCCGCCGGCGCAAAGCCACCCACCUACAACCCCCAGCUCCUACCACUACGGCCAACUCGUGUUUUGGCUCAACCUCCUGGGAAGCCGGGUCCAUCCUCUCCGGUUCGGGGACGGGGGCACCCAGGUCCGGUUCAUCAGGAAGUGUGUCACAGCUAUCAUCACUAAGCUCAUCCGGGUCAGCAGCGACUUCCGGGGAUACGUCUCAUUUCCCAGGGGGGUGGACUCUACGUCGACAGCAUGGACGUCGACGGCGCGCACGGGGGAGAAAAGCCCCGUCCCAGAAAAACAACAACAACCCAACAACAACCCGCCCCUACCAAUGCACCUUCUGCCCCGAAACCUUCAAAACCCGCUACGACUGGACCCGACACGAAUCAACCCUCCACCUCCCCCUCGAAAAAUGGACCUGUCUCGCCACAGGACCAAUAUAUCACCCCAACUCCGAUCACCGCAAGCCUAACAGCACCGCCAAGUCCCUCUGCGCCCUCUGCCACACCCCCUCCCCAACCGCAACCCACCUCGCCACGCACAACACUGCCGAAUGUCUCUCCAAACCCCCCUCGGCACGCACCUUCUUCCGCAAAGACCACCUCCGCCAACACCUCCGCGCAUGCCACGGCGGCUCAGCAGCGACUACAGCGGCAGAUAUGGCCCGGAUCCUAAAAGAGUGGAAGUCAGUAAUGAAGAGAGUGAAAUCGCGAUGUGGGUUCUGCGGGGAGGAGUUUCUAGAUUGGGCACGGCGGUGUGAGCAUGUGGCGGAACAUUUCCGACGAGAAGGCAGACAGAUGGGGGAGUGGAAAGGGGGGUUGGGACUAGAGGGUGAGGUAUUGGCCCUGGUGGAGAACGCAGAGUUUGUGAUAGAUGAUGAGAAGAACGGGAUCGGCGGAGAGAUUGGUGUUCAUGAGGGCAUUCAUGAGGAUAAGGGGAUAGACCCUGGAGGUUCUUCUUUACCAGGUUGUCAGGUCGACGGGACAAAUAUUCACACUGCCCAGGCUGGAGAUGCUUCGCUAGAGCCGUUCUCAACGACGUUACAGUACCUCGACAGCUACGACCCGGCGCUCACCGAACAGCCUUUCUUUGGUGAGGACACAUAUACAUACUCGUCCAUACCAUGGCCAUGGCAAACUCCGGAGUACAUGGCUGGACUGCGGACGGGGGUUGACCAAACGACACCGAUGGAUGCGAUGGAGAACCUUGACUUUGACUUGGUAUUUACUCAUUAA